AUGGAAUUGAUGGAGCAACGUUUGCAAGCGUGGUCAGCUAUAUUCGGAAACGAUGUUACUGUAUUGUUGCACGAAAAUGAUUUCAUUGCCGGGGCACAACCAGAACCUGCUGGAUGGUUUAUAUCUAGUUUGAUUGGAAAUUGCUUUUGCAUGGCUGCAUAUCUAUCCUUGCAGGCUCCGCUGCUACUAAAGUAUCCGGCCAGCCUAUCAGUGGCUGCAAGCUCAUACUUCUUUGAUGAAAUGUUCAUGGUUAUUGCUAGAAUAUCUGCCACAGAUGGAAAUAUUGUCUGGACUUUGACGCGAUCUAAGUUGGCUGCAGAUUUAUGUGCUGGAAUUGUUGCAUCUGAUGUUAAUAGCAACGACAUGGUCCAACACUGGUGGCUCUCUUUGCAUCUGUUUUUCUAUCAACGAUUUUCCUAGGAGACGCUAUUUACCUUGGAAGCGUAAUAGGUGGAUCUCUAAUUAUUGUUGGACUGGAUACGGUAACUUGAGCAUCUUACAGAGAG